AUGAGACUGUCAGGUUUGAAAUCAAGUUUUUCAGCCUUCUGUUGGAUAAUUGGACUCUCAGCAUUUGUGGUUGACGCUAAGAACGUGGCUCAAUUAGACAUUCUGUUCGACAUUGAAAGUGGGAAAUUCAAACGCCAGUUACCAAGUACUGGGUAUUCAGCAGGAAUGGACGACGGGUUUUUGAAGGUUAGGAGUGCGAGAACCGUGCAACCCUUAAACAUCUACGAUUUGUUUGAAGACAAACAGUUGACUAAAGAAGAAGACCCUGCAAAGCAAAAGGUUUUUCAGGGUAGCGAAGAAGGCGGUAGUCCAAAAGAAGUUAUCAAUCCCAUCUGCCUGGAUUCCAGAUUGCCCUCCUUAAAUGAAAUCAGUAUUUUUUCAAGUUACCUGAGAGAUGAUUUGACCAUUUCCAAGAUCAUGGGCGAUCCUUUCGAAAACAUUAUAGUGUUUGCACCUUCCGACAGAGCUGUAGAGUCUUUACCCUUAAAACCAUGGCAGUUUCCAACAGAUAUCGAAGCUCUGGAAGCCAAAAGUUCUGACGACGCGACUAUCGACCAAGCUGUUAACAAUAACAUAAUGCAUUUUGUCAAAUCCCAUAUCGCCACAGGCGCUAGUAUUAACAAGGCUAGGGCUAUGAAGGACUGCAUGCAUGAUUCUCUGGUAUUACGGAGCUUUGAAUUCGAAGGAGACGAAAACUCGGGAGACAUAAUGCUCAAGAAGUCGAAGGGAGAAUUUUAUGUAGCAUCUUCUACCGAUCAUGAAUUUCAAAAAGUUCGAAGAGUCGAACAUGCACAAAAUGGAGUUGUAUUAGUUAUUAACAAGGCGUUAAUUUCUGCUUAG